AUGUCUACCACAACCCCGUUCCUCUGUCCUGACCAGACCGUGGAGCUACAGGAGACCCCCCACGGCGUGGGUCCAGGGAAAGGCGCAGGGCAGGAGGAGAAGGCGGCUCUAGUGGAGAGCGGGCUGGUGUACGGGGUGGAGGACGCACCGCCGUGGUACCUGUGCGUGGUGCUGGGACUACAGCACUACCUGACGAUGUUCCCGGGCGUGCUGGCGGUGCCGCUCCUCCUAGCGGACAGCCUGUGCAUGGCAGGUGAUGACGUAGCCAAGAGCCAGCUGCUGGGAACGCUGUUUGUGGUCGGAGGAAUGGCCACGAUGCUACAGGUGGCCGUAGGAAGCAGAUUACCCAUAGUCCAGGGCGGCUCGUCUGCGUUCGUGGCGUCCAUCUUGGCCAUCAUGUCGCUGGACAAGUGGAGCUGCCCGGCCGGGUUGGGGGACACCAACGGAGCGCCCAACGUCACCCAGUCCCCUCUAGCCAACAGCAGCGCGGCGGAGGCCUGGCAGACACGGCUAAGGGAGCUGCAGGGCGGGUUGAUGGUUGCCUCAGUGCUGGAGAUUUUACUCGGGUUCAGCGGAGUGAUCGGUUUCCUGCUGCGGUACAUCGGCCCGCUCUCCAUCACGCCCACCAUCUCCCUCAUCGGCCUGUCCCUCAUCCCCGUCACCGCAAACUUCGCCUCCAAGCAGUGGGGAGUCGCCGUCAUGACGAUGGUCCUGAUGCUGCUGUUCUCUCAGUACCUCCAGCGCUUCAGCCUUCCCUUCCCGGCAUUCAACAGGAAGAGGCGCUGUCACGUGGUCUGGUUGCCCAUCUUCAAACUAUUCCCGGUCCUGCUGGCGAUCCUGACGUCCUGGGCCGUGUGUGCCGUCCUGACGGUGACCGGCGCGUUCCCGACCGACCCCGCCCGGCAGGGCUACUUGGCUCGUACAGACCUCAGGAACACUGUAAUACAGACCGCGCCCUGGUUCCGCUUUCCUUAUCCAGUUACAGGAGAGUGGGGCAUGCCCACGGCCAGCGCCGCCACCAUUCUCGGCCUUCUCGCCGCCAUGAUGGUCACGUCCAUCGAGUCCGUGGGCGACUACUACGCGUGCGCGCGGAUCUCCCAGAUCCCGCCGCCGCCAAACCACGCGAUAAACCGCGGGAUCGGCAUGGAGGGGCUGACAACCCUGCUGGCCGCCGCCUGGGGCUCGCCUGUGGGGACAACGUCAUUCAGCCAGAAUAUUGGAGCUAUUGGCAUUACUAAGGUAGCGAGUCGGCGAGUCGUGCUGUGGUCGGCUCUGAUCAUGCUGGUGUCGGGAGUUGUCUGCAAGUUUAGCGCGGUCUUCACGACCGUCCCGGACCCGGUGGUGGGCGGAGUGUUCGCCGUGGUGUUCGGCAUGGUGUCGGCCGUCGGAAUGUCAAGCUUACAGUUUGUAGACCUGAACUCGUCCCGGAACCUGGUGAUCCUGGGCUUCUCGCUGUUCUGCGGACUCAUGGUGCCGGGGUGGAUGUGGGACAACCCGGGGGUGAUCAGGACAGGCAGUUCUGAGGUAGACCAGAUCCUGACCGUGCUCCUCAGCACUCACAUGUUCAUUGGCGGCUUCAUAGGAUUCACUUUAGACAACACGAUCCCCGGAACGCGAGAGGAACGCGGGCUGCUGCAGCAUGACGUCAGCAGCGAUACCCCGGAUGUUGCCCUUCACUACGGCUUUCCGUGCGGGAAUGACCUUGUGAAGCGGCUGACCUUCACCAGACACGUGCCCUUCUGCCCGACCUUCAGCCCGACCUUGAACGCUAAAUGCUGCAGGAAACGGAAGGACAGUGCGGCGGAAAUGGACGAUCCUGUUACAGCACUUUAA